AUGCGGGUUUCAGACGUUGGAGUUGAAUCUCGGGUACGCACCUCAUUUCAGCGAUGCAGCAAGGAGAUUACACCUCCACUCCAUACUAUCAAUUCCCUCAUCUCCCAAAUUCCAAUCCCAAUCCCAACCCUAACCCUAAUUCCGAUCCACACUCAGCCCCUUACGCAUCCGCACCACCCUUCUCCUCCGGUUACGCUCCCUCCGAUUACACCUCUUACUACCAAUUUCCCUUCCUUCAAUUCUCCAUCCUUUGACUCUCACCUCUCGUACCAACAACCACCGCCACAUCAGCAUCAACCACCACCACAACAGCAACCUUAUUAUCCACCUUUCGAUCAGCAUCAAGCGGCUCCAUCUCCGAUCUACGCUCCUCCUCCACCACCACCACCCUCCGUUACGCCACCGUACUCCGCACCGUAUAGCCACGCUGGAUCUACGGUCCCUCCAGCUCCCUCCGCAUACGAUCCACCCUACGAUAACAGUCCCGCCAAGUUCGAUCACUCUGGCGCUUUCUUUGACGACGGCUACAACAACUUUAACCGUAGUAACCGUUCCGAUUCGUAUGGUAACCGACACGAUGACGGUUUCAGCGGGUUUAACCGUGGUAAUCAUCGUUCUGAUUACCGCGAGGAGGUGUACGGGGAUGGCGUGUACGCUUACGAAGGAGGGAAGGUGGAACCGUACGGGUCUCGUGGAACCGCACCAAAAUCGUCGACUUGGUCCGGUUUCGAUGAUUACGGGAGAGCGAUCAGUCUUCCAACGGCCGCAAAGGAACCUUCCGGUGGAAGCAAGAUUGUGAAGGCAGUGCCGAAGGUGGAGACGCGAGAGGAUCCCGGAAGCGGGGUGCAGAAGUUCCGGGUGAAGCUCUUGGCGGAGAGUGGUGGCCAGAGCACCAUGGAUGUUCUGUGUCAGAUUGGUUUGGAUGGAAUUCGAAUGCUGGAACCAAAUACUAGUCGAACAUUGAGAAUAUAUCCUCUUGAGAACAUAACAAGAUGUGAGAGGUUUGAUUCAUCUACCCUUGCAUUCUGGUCAAAGAGCCCAGUGGACAUUGAGCCACGACGAAUCAGAUUGCAAUCCAAUAGUUACACUACCAACACACUUUUGGAUACUGUGACUGCUGCCACCAUACAGUACAAGGAAAUGGGUGGAAGCAAAAGACCCACAGAAUCGUUAAGAACUAAUGAACAGCCUGCAGAAAAAAGGAAAGGAUUUGGUGAUUGGAUGAAUUUGAUUAAACCUCCCAAUGAAGAGAAGGAUCAUUGGGUCCCAGAUGAAGCAGUCUCGAAAUGUACAGCAUGUGGCACUGAUUUUGGAGCUUUCAAUCGCAGGCAUCACUGUAGAAAUUGUGGAGAUAUUUUCUGUGAUAAAUGUACACAUGGUAGAAUUGCUCUAACUGCUGACGAGAAUGCUCAACCAGUACGUGUUUGUGACCGAUGCAUGGCAGAAGUGACUCAGAGACUGAGUAAUGCUAAAGAAGCAGCAAAUAAACCAGUGUUGCAAAGUCAUGAGGAUCUUGCCAGGAAACUUCAGGAGGAGCUGGAGAGGAAUCGAAAGGCAUCAGGUUCCAAGUCUGAAGGAUCUGGAAGACGGAUGAAGGAAGUUGCAUGUCCUAUUUGCACUGUCCAUCUGCAGGUCCAGGUACCCAGCUCAGGUUCAGAGACCAUAGAGUGUGGAGUUUGCCAGCACCCAUUUCUUGUGAGUGCUCAUUGAUGAAGGUGUCCAUAUGUGUCAACUUGUUAACUUGUUUUAAAUUCAAUUUUUCUUAUCAAUCUCUUGCAGUCUAAUAAUUUUAUAUGGACUUUUAUGUUCUGCGGUUUUUGUUUUCGGCGCUUCGAGCUUGGCAUGUAUAUGUAUACCUGUAUUUUUAUCCUCCUUAAAAUGCUGCGAUUUGCUUGUCCCUUUGUAUAAAAAAGAUGUAGAUGGUGAACAUGCAUGUAUAGCUGUGUCGAUGUCUUGCAGCUUAACUGGUUUGAAACUCAAUACCAAAAAAAACUGGUUUUGAAACAAUGUGGUAUCUAUGUCAAGUGUUUUUGA